CUGCCUUCUUCCAGGCCCGCGGCAGCUGCCGUGUUUUGCUUCAGCGGCGCCCGCGUUUCAGGAACUGACGAGUGUUUCGGGGAGCUUCCGAGCGCGAGUUUAUUCUGCGGGGAGCAGCAGCGAUCUGCUUCGCAUCAGAGGGACUUCACGCACUGAAGCGCGACAGCCUGUGUUGUGAAGCCUUGCGAGGAUCGUUGGCAGUCCCGCGUUCUAGCGGGAGGGGGAUGCGAGGGCAAAACGCUGGCUGGGGAAAGAGACCUACUCGCAUCAUCUUUAUAGUCAAAAAGUGAGAGCUGCUGCUGAGUUUAUUCUGUGAGCGCUUCUUGUUGAGUACCAGAAAUAUGGAUAGACUUCUGCGACUUGGAGGAGGUAUGCCUGGACUGGGACAGGGGCCACCAACAGAUGCUCCUGCGGUUGAUACAGCGGAACAGGUUUAUAUCUCUUCCCUAGCACUGCUGAAAAUGUUGAAGCAUGGCCGUGCUGGUGUCCCUAUGGAAGUUAUGGGUCUGAUGCUCGGGGAAUUUGUUGAUGAUUACACUGUGAGAGUGAUUGAUGUUUUUGCAAUGCCACAGUCGGGAACGGGUGUCAGUGUGGAGGCAGUUGAUCCUGUAUUUCAAGCAAAAAUGUUGGAUAUGCUGAAACAGACAGGAAGACCUGAGAUGGUAGUUGGUUGGUAUCACAGUCACCCUGGCUUUGGCUGUUGGUUGUCUGGUGUAGAUAUCAAUACUCAGCAGAGCUUUGAAGCAUUAUCAGAAAGAGCUGUUGCUGUGGUGGUGGAUCCCAUUCAGAGUGUAAAAGGAAAGGUUGUUAUUGAUGCCUUCAGAUUGAUCAAUGCUAAUAUGAUGGUCUUGGGACAUGAACCAAGACAAACAACUUCAAAUCUGGGUCACUUAAACAAGCCAUCUAUCCAGGCACUAAUUCAUGGACUAAACAGACAUUACUACUCCAUCACCAUCAACUACAGGAAGAAUGAACUAGAACAGAAGAUGUUGCUAAAUUUGCAUAAGAAGAGUUGGAUGGAAGGCUUGACCCUUCAGGACUACAGUGAACAUUGCAAACUCAAUGAAACAGUAGUGAAGGAGAUGUUAGAAUUAGCUAAGAAUUAUAACAAGGCUGUUGAAGAAGAAGAUAAGAUGACACCUGAACAGCUGGCAAUAAAAAAUGUUGGCAAGCAGGACCCCAAACGUCAUUUAGAAGAGCAUGUGGACGUGCUGAUGACUUCAAACAUUGUCCAGUGUUUAGCUGCUAUGUUGGAUACUGUUGUAUUUAAAUAACCAGUUUACUGUUUCUGAUGCUUUCUUUGUAUAUUUGUUUAUUGUUUCUAAUACUCACAAACGGAGACUUUUGAGGCUAUAUUUGAUUAAACAGAGACAUCUGACUUCAAUUGCGGUGUAAGUGCAGCACUAUAACACCUUUCAGUCUCUAAUUGUGCAAUUGCUUCAGUUUCUUUACAUCGGGGUCUUUACAGAUUCCAGAGCAUUCAAGAACACAAUGUGGGAAAAAAAUGUAUUACACUUUCAUUUAAUAUUUGGGGGGAGAAAAAUCAGUAGUACAUAUAUAUUUUGAUUGCUGCAACGUAAUAAAAAUACAUUUACAAACCUGUC